UCCUCUCCCCCCUGGCACUGCACUCACCCAUUCUGGGCCUCCCAGGAGCCCGACUUAAUGGGAAACUGGGCAAUGAGAAGUUCCUUGUGACACAGUAAUCCCGACCUCCUGACUGGACAUGCCCCUGGCCGAGGGCACCACCAGAGCUCCAGAUUCGUGCAGGUACCAGGUAGCCCCAGGGAGGAGCUGCUGACCUGGCAGGGAACAACCAAGACACAGGUGAAAUCACACUGCCUACAACCCGAAGAAACAGAAUUGGAACCCAGGUCCUGCUUGUGUUCUGCCCUCGGCUGGCUUCUCUUAGAGCAGGCAGGAAGUCACAGCCUAGGCCCGGACCAGUUGGAACCCAGCACAAAGGAAGUAGCAGAUCCUUUCUUCUCCAAGGGCUGUGUCUUCAGAAGCAGCAUGUCAGAGGGGGUGGGCACGUUCCGAAUGGUCCCCGAAGAGGAGCAGGAACUCCGGGCCCAGCUGGAGAAGCUCACAACCAAGGACCACGGGCCUGUGUUUGGCCGGUGCAGCCAGCUGCCUCGCCACACCUUGCAGAAGGCCAAGGAUGAGCUGAACGAGAGGGAGGAGACUCGGGAAGAGGUGGUGCGGGAGCUGCAGGAGCUGGUGCAGACACACGCAGCCUCCGGGGAGGAGCUGGCCCUGGCAGUGGCCGAGAGGGUGCAGGGAAGAGACAGCGCCUUCUUCCUGCGCUUCAUCCGGGCACGCAAGUUCGAUGUGGGCCGUGCCUAUGAGCUGCUCAAAGGCUACGUGCACUUCCGGCUGCAGUACCCCGAGCUUUUCAACAGCUUGUCCCCCGAGGCCGUGCGCUGCACCAUCGAGGCCGGCUACCCGGGCGUGCUGUCCAGCCGCGACAAGUACGGCCGAGUGGUCAUGCUCUUCAAGAUUGAGGACUGGCAGUCUGACGAAAUCACCUUCGAUGAGAUCUUGCAGGCAUAUUGCUUCAUCCUGGAGAAGCUCCUGGAAAACGAGGAAACGCAGAUUAAUGGCUUCUGCAUCAUUGAGAACUUUAAGGGCUUUACCAUGCAGCAGGCUGCCAGCCUCCGGGCUUCGGAUCUUCGGAAGAUGGUGGACAUGCUGCAGGAUUCCUUCCCAGCCCGGUUCAAAGCUGUCCACUUCAUCCACCAGCCGUGGUAUUUCACCACCACCUACAACAUGGUCAAGCCCUUCCUGAAGAGCAAGCUGCUCCAGAGAGUGUUUGUCCAUGGAGACGACCUCUCUGGCUUCUUCCAGGAGAUUGACAAGGACAUUCUGCCUGCUGACUUUGGGGGCACCCUGCCCCCGUAUGAUGGCAAGGUGGCUGCCGAGCAGCUCUUUGGGCCUCGGGCCCAAGCUGAGAACACAGCCUUGUGAGGCGCCUCCUCCAUCCGAUCUGUAGUUAGCAUCUCUGGCUGCUCCUCAGCUGCCCCAGGCCCAGACUGGCAAAGGGUUGCCUGAGGUGACCGUAGUUUCCCUCCCCUCCCAAAGCUUAGGUGAGUUCAGAGGUCACCUUCAUUCCAAGAUAGGGGAGAGGGGUAAAGUAGGGGGAGUCCCUUGAACUUUGCAGGAUUGGGGGCGGGCAUAUCCCCAUCUGCUUCAGAAGCUCUGGGACGGUGACUGUGUGAAGUUGAAUUUCAAAGGCUCCUGUUAGUCUUCUCCAUAAUUUCUUUUGUCACAGAGCUUCACUACUUAGGGUCUGUAAAAACAGGCAAGGAAGUGGGGUUACUGCCCCCAAUAAUAAAUAGAGGAUCAAAGUGGGGGAACUCAGGCUCAAGAUGAUUUGGCAGACCUAGUGAUAUUGGUGGCCCUUAGUGGGCGAGGGGUUUCCCUGCACAGAAUUUCUGGGUUGGAGCAACUUCCUCUUAGGAUGACCCUCUCAGGCAGGUUCUGUCUGAUGUGUGCAGUCAGUGUUAGGAGGUGGCAGUCAUGUCUCCCCACUGUCUGUCUGGGAGGAUUGAUCCUCUACACCAAAAGGUCUCUCUCCUCCAGAGCCCUGGCUUUGGUGUGGCUAGAAAUGUACAGGUAGCGUCUUCUCUGGGCUCUCAGCCCUCAAGUCACACAGCAGAAGCUCAUGUCUUCAGUACGUUACACUGAGAAGCUCAAAUACGAGCACACAGUUUGUAGGACAGUGGGGUGCCAUUCUGCAUGCUUUGAUAAUUACAGAUGCUUUCCUGCUAUGGAGCUGGCUUUCUUCAAGUGCUUGGUGACUUUGGAGUGUGCACUCAUUUUUGUAGGUGCCUGCCCCCAGCAGAAGCCUCUGCUUGCUGAGCUUGGUGCUCCUCUAGGGGAAGCGCUGGCUUUCUGGGCCGGGGCUCCCGGGCACUGGCAGAUGCUUCUUCCAGGCUGCUAUUCUUACUGCCAGCUGCAAGCAGACACUCCUUCCUGUCGGCUGGCUAGUGGUGGCAGGUGAGGUUACCUGGCCACUGAGGCAUCCCGGAACCAACCCAAGAUGUCUGCUCUUGCUUUCAAGGUUGUCUCCUUGGUGACAUACAUUUUGUGGAAAGACCUUCCAAAUGUUUUCUGAACUGUAGGACUGAUCAGGUCUCAUCUGCCUUUACACCUCCAAGACUCUCUUAUCCACAGCAGAUCUCUUAUUAUGCAUGCAUUGAUUUCUUCCACCUUUUCUUUCAUCCCUAAGGUUUGCAUUUUGUGCUUAGUUACCCAAGAAGCUCCUUUCUUUAUCACAUUCAGUCAACAACCCCUGAGUAUCUAUGGUAUUCACUCAGGACUUCCGAGCUGGAGGAAAAUCACAGCAAACUAUCAUUACUGUGAGCAGAGGGUGGGACACUGAUCAGUGAAUACUUCUCCCCAGAUUCCUCUCCACCACCUUUAAAAAGUCAAGGGUGGGACUGGGGAUUUAGCUCAGCAGCACAGCACCUGUCUGGUAAGCACAGGUCCUGAGUUCGAUUCCCAGUACAAAAGAAAAAUGUCAUGGCUGCCCUUUAGCAAAUCAAAGCUUACAUGGGCCCUUGAUGUGAAAACCUAAAAAGAAAGAGAUUGAGACUGCUCUGGGUGGAGAUCCCCAAGAGCUCCCUGAGGAGUUUCUGGAGCUCAAACGGUAUUUCAGGUAUGAGCACAUGGGCAGCUGUGUCCUGUGGGCAGUGGGGUCCAAUGGAGAUAGCAUCUGAAAAGGUGGAGGGUGCUGGGGACCCCUGUAGAGGUGGCUGGGAGAGUCGGGGUGGGAGAGGGGCUGAGCUAAAGAAUGAGCUUUUUUUUUUUUUCCCCUCUCAAAAUACACUUCUGUUUUCCAAGAGUCACACCACAAAUCUAAGGAAUCCAGUGGUGGAUCCUAGCAUCUCUCCCUGAGCCCCUACCUGCCCUCUGGGAUGCAGCCUUUUGACUUGUGGAGGCUCUCAAUUUGUCAGUGAGUUCAGGAUGGGGAGAAAAGUGCAGGGAGAUACUGGUCCCUGACGGUUCUUGGGACAUUCAAGUCCCAAGGGGAGGUUGCCUUUAAAAAUCAGCAGAGCCAGGGCUUUAGCUCUGAGACCCUUUUCUGACUAUUAAAUCCAGCAGCUUUGAGAAAGGAGUCAUAGGGUUGGGACCUGGCGAGCCUGUUGGGAUUGUGGGAGCACACUGCCCCCUGCUGGCCUUGUUUGGCAUUGCUCCCCUGGAGACAAGCAGGGUGGAAAGGAAGGGGACCCUCUGCAAGACUGGCCUAGGGGUGGCUGGGGAUUUAGCUCUGCGGCAUAAGCACCUGCCUUGCAAGUAGGCAAAAAAAAAAAAAAAAAAAAAAGAAAAAAAAGGAAAAAAAAAGACUGGCCUAGGAAAGCCACUAGGAGCGCACCUGCGGAGAUGCUGAAUGUUAAAAGCUGACAUACAGUUGGGCCUAGUGACCCACAUCUGCAAUUCCAGUUCUUGGGAGGCUGAGGCAGGAGGAUAGCAAAUUUGAGCCCAGCCUGGACAAUUUAGUGCUUUAGUAAAAACCCUGUCUCAAAAAUUAAAGAAAUAUAAAAAAGGGCUGGGAGUAUAGUUCAAUGCAAAGGCCUUGGGUUCAAUUCCCAUACCACAGACACAAAAACCAAGAGCAAAACCACCUGACAUGGUUAGACUCACAAAAUCUCAGCUGCUUAUGUGGGUGAUUCCACGUGUCCCUCCUCGCCACCCUGUACUUAUGAGACAGAAGAUGGGAACAAUGAAAUGUGUUUGAAAGCCACAGCCACGGAAGGGGGAACAAACCAUGAACUUUGUGACAAUCACUGAUGCUUCCUUCCUUCUGGAGAUGUCUGGGAUAAGGCAGGGACUCUGCUGCAAGCAGUGACUGUGCAGAGUGAAAGCUGGUAGGUCACAGGGCUGUGUCUACUGUCCUCAUGUGGCCCCUCGGAUAAGGGAGUCAGCAGAUUCUGGAAGGCCAUUCAUCAGCUGGGGGCAGGGAUCUGUGCAGAGUACCAACCCCCGGCGGCCUCAAUAGCCUCUCGUUGGGAUUGGCCACUGUGUCAGCCUAGGGUUCACCAGCAUCACUGGAGGAGCCUUGUGCUGCCUGGUGGCUGGGAAACCUCCUAGAAAAGAUAUGUCUUUGUCUUAAAUUAAGCCAGCCAGGGAACGAGGUUGGGGCAUCCGCUAAGAGAUCAUUUCUGGUCCUACUGUAUGGGUGGUGUCACUCUGGUGUUGAGGACAGUUAACAGGAUCCCUGGAACCUCACCAUUUGAAGGGUGCUCCCUGAGGGCAGCAUCUGUCCUGUUCUGGAGUUUGCUAGCAGUGUAGAAUGUCAGGCUCAGCUUCAGCCCUGCUGAAUCAGAACCUGUAGUUUUUUUUUUUUAGAACCUGUAGUUUUAAGAAGACUCCCAGGGGAUUGCCCAUCAAAGCUCCAGACCCAGUGGUUUGCAGCCUUCCUGCCACUGGAAUCCUCUAAGAGCUUUAAAAUGCCUUUGGACUGGGCUCUGGCCGCAGAGGUUCUACUGUACUGGGUCUGGCAGGCAGCCUAGCCAGGUGUCCCCUGUGGCUCAAAUGUGCACCGCGUGUGCCCUCUCUGUGUGCCGACAUGCAGAGACCCAGAGGCUGUGGAAGGACCAAGUCUGGCAAGUGUCAGUGUCUAAGGAUUUAAGAGCAAACUCUGAACUUGAGCAGAGAGAAGCAGGCUGCCAGAGCCUGGCUCCUCCAGCUGGAUUAUGAAAGCCCAGUGGGAAGCGGUAGCCAGAAGCUAAGUAUCUCCGUCUAAGAGCAAGGCCCUCUCUGGGGCUGUGUCCGGAAGUAGCCCUAUGGAUGCAAUGACUACACCUUGGUCUCUCAGCCUGAACGUAUUGGGAAGGAAGGUUCGGUGGUACACACACAGCUUGUCAGUAUUCCCAGCCCAGGAAAGCUUUUGGAAACUCCGUAUAUCCCAGUGUAUCUCUGCUUUUCCUGUGGGCCCAUCAGCUAGGUGCACUGAGGCUUUGCCACAGGGACACUCUACGUUUCAUCCCAUUCUAACAAAUGAUCUAUGAGUGGGGCUCAAAGUGAAAGCCACAAAGGGAAGUAACACUGAAAAUGUAUUUGAGCUCUCAGCAUCUUGAUGCAGGCAUUCUUAAUAAUGAUUCCCAUCUUUAUCCCAGGUAACAAGUCCCAAAUCUGACAAUGAAAUCUUCUUAGGGUCAAAGGACGAGGCAGUAGUGAGGACUCCAACCCCGCAGCUCUUGCUCUGAAUCCUUUCUGCUGAUGUUUGAUCUCCCAUGUUUAUUUCUGAGGGUGAGGGGGGGAAGUGGGAGAGGAGAAGAGGAGCUGUGAAAUGAGAACGUGAAUUUAUACCAGGUCACUUUCCCCAACCAUCCUCAGAUAGAGGAGGAAAUAACUUUACGAGGAGAUCAACCAGUGUCCAGUAGAGAUGCUGGGGUAAUUCCGACCGUAGCAUCAAAAAGGCUAGCGUAAAUUCUGGGAUGCACGUAACAUAGAAAUCAGAGGUGGGCACAUUCCAAGGCUAAAGCAAAAUACAAGUUUGUUGUAGGAAAGACACAGCCGACUGCUUCACAGAAAACAGUCCAGCCUAGGAAAGGACGGCGAGGUUGGUCACACACACACACACACACACACACACACACACACACACACAGAGGGCCUAAUUAGGGACAGUGGAGGAGCCACUGCGCAGAUGUAGAACCCUGCACAAAGGAAAGUUUAUUUUCAUAGACUCCCAAAAGAAUGUCAUUAACUUUUUUUUUUGGUAUGGGGAUUGAACUCACGAUCUUGAGCUUGCCAGGCAGGCACGCCACUGGGCUAAAUCCCCAGCCCUAUAACUAUUCAUUUUUUUUUUUUGUCUUUUUCAUUUUUAUUGGUACCAGGGAUCGAACUCACGACUGCCUGCUUGCAAGGCACAUGCUUAUGCCGCUGAGCUAAAUCCCCAGCCCCUAACUAUUCAUUUUUGAAAAGGGGAGCAGGGCCUCUGGACAGGGAGUUUGCCUGCUUGUUUCCUACCAGAUAGCUACUUCAUUGUGCUAUUGGCUCGCUGUCUUCCUUAGGUACACACCUCACAUUUGGAAGCAGAGUGCCUGGGUUCAAAUCUCUCUUCACAUUUUUUGUAGUUCACUGGCCCUGAGCAAGUGACUUAAUCCAUUUUAAGUCCUGUUUGCUCCCUGCCUUGUAGCCACAAUGGGGGGAUGUGUUACUUUGUUCCCUUUGGGAGGAAGUUCAGCAAUUCAGCAAUGCCUAUAAAUGUCAACUGCUCAGAAGAAGGGACCAUGCCUUCCUGUAAUUUUUUCUAAGGACACUCAACAGAGACAGGAGGGUAGGCUGUCACACAGAGGCCAUCUGGUGGGGUGUUUGGGCCUCGCCAUGGGAAAGCAAUCAGCUAAUGAAAGGCACAACAAGAAAUGUAUUGGCUUUACCGGGGCAGCUAGGCAGUGUCACCAAAGACAAAUUUGAAAGACUGAUUAGCAGAGGUGUCACGGAUGACACUCUGGGACAUCCUGGUACCGACCUACCUAACACCCUGGACCUGAAAUCUUUUCCAGGUGAAAUUCUUUGCAAAUUGGUUUUCUUGGGUCAAAGCAGUCUGGCUGCUUUGUGUGAUUGUGUGUGUGUGAGCUUGCUUACCAGAGAGCCUGUCCCACUUGUCAAAGGUUUUGCAUGGUCCAAGAAGGAGGCGGCUCUGAGUGUGCAGAGAGGAUGGGGGUGCAGCUGUCUUGGCUGAGCCCCUGAACCCUUUCAAUCAGGUUCAGAGAGAUUCAAAGGAGAAGAAAACACUACCCCAACCCAACCCAACCCAACUUCCACCUAGUCUUCAGAGAACAUUACUGGGAAAGUACGGUUAUUCCUAAUAAGCGUUGUUUCCAUGAGCCUUGAAUGUGUCCACGUGGUUUGCUGUAGGGAGGGGCUAACGUGGACACCUCUCCUAUCUCAGCUCUGGACUUUCUGGACUUGCAGUGGGCAGCCUUGUGAGGACACGGUGGGCCGGCCAUGUCUAUGAUAUCUGUUUGCAAGGCAGCAUUAGCAUCAGUUGUAAAGGAAAAUUGGUGUUUUGUGGAUUUCCAUUAUAUUCAUCCUUCGAUGGAGAUAUGGGGGAAUCCCUUUUCAGUAGAAAAUCCCCGCUAGACAAAAUGAGCACACCUAAUAGCACAUUUUUAGUCUUUAUUUUUUUAAGUAAAGAAAUUCCAUUGAAUCAAAGAUAACAAAAUUACAGUUUUCGUUUGUAAUGAUCUUUGUUCACCACCACACAGAAUCAAAGUAGAAUCAAAAGCAAUAUGAGAACAGAAAAUGAUCAAGGACAUCAUUGUUUAGUAUAAUUUCUUAAUAAAGGUAAUAUCCUCAUAUUUAGAAAAAAUUGCAUUGCUAGUUGCAAAUCUUAAACACCUUGGCGCUGAAGGAGUCUGUAUUUCCCCCCAAAGAUCCAGCAGCGCAAAGGUGAUACGAAAAAAACUCAAAAAUAUAGUAUUUUCAGGGUAGCGUUUUAAGUUUUGGGAAAUUCGAAAAGAACAAAAACAAACGAACCAGAAUCAGGAAUGUAAAAGUGAUGGUUCUCAAAAAUCAAUCUGGAAGCAGAUCUGCCAGGAGAAGAACGUGGCCGAAAGGAGUCUCACAGGGAAAAAGAAAGAUGGGCCUGGCACGCCCCCCGCCCCGCCCCUGGCAUCACUAAGGCAGCUGCAAUGGCAGAUGUCAGAAGCUCAGGUACAGUGAAGGUCUUCCUGAGGCAGUGGGAGAGACCCGGAUCACCUGGGACUGGUGUAGAGAGGGGACAGGCUUCUACAUGGACUUGUGCUUUAGGAAAACCAGAGGCCCAAUACAAACAAAGAGAACCUGACUCUGUACCAGGAGCUUUGGCCACUCAGGAGAACAGCCUGGGAGAGAAGUGGUUGGCCCCGAGGCCAAGGUGGGCAGCGAUUACUCUAGGGGACUGUGGGUCUGGGAGGAGAAAGCCCAUCGUGACUAAGGGAAGGUAUUUCUGUAAGUGCUAUACGUGAACUGCCCCCAAAUUAUGGCAAUAAUGGAUUUCUUGGCUAGAGAGGGAGAAGGUAGGUUAUAGGUUUGACAGGAGCCCAGUCAAAAGCUGACAACUUUAUGAAAUGCAGAAUGUGAAACUUAGUCCUCCAGUCUGAAAUCACCGUCAGUUUAUUCAUUAGAGAUGCUGUACACAAAAGCUCUACUCACAUAUAUGCUGGGGGAAAGAGCCAGACUGGCUCUUCUGAAGGCGCAGCUGUCUGUUCCCUAGGAGUCUGAGUGUCCUCUGUGGCCUGCUGCCAAGAGCCAAUCCGGGAGCAUGUGGGCCGUGGCACCAGAGGCAGUAGCAGCAGUGACACAGGGAGAGCAGGUGGCCUUUGCUUUGGCUGGUCUUCUGGUUCCCUCCGCCAGUGAGGCCCCUUUUCUCAGCUCCAAACACAGUUUGGCAAAAGCAAGCUAAUUUAUGAAAAAGGGGCACCUCUUUCGGCUUAGAUCACAGAGGUGGAAGGAAGCCUCGCCCUCCAUUGCCUGGUCUCAAGAUAUUGCAGGCAGGCAUCCAGGUCAUCCAGGUGGCUCUGAUAGGAAAGAGGCCAGAAAGACAGAGGGGGGCUAGAGAUGAGGCCACCUGCCUGUGCGGGUGCUCGCACUGUGGAGGGCUGGGAGGCCAGGGCGUAAUUUCCUAAGGAGCCUUCAGGCUCCUGCAGGAAACGCUCUGGUUUGGCUGUGCCUGUGCGUCCCACUCCCACCGCAGAAGAAUGUGAAUUCCUGCCCCACAGUAUUGCUGAUUCCCAGGGAUCUUCUAGAGGUAAGUUAAGGCUUCGUGGGCAGAGAAGACAGUUCCAGAUGGUAUUGUGAUGAGGCUGCGGGGAAUGCUCGGACAACUCUGUUCUGCCUAAAGGACAAAGGUCUAAGAGUUCCUUCAGCUCGAUGGGCUGUUUCAGGGAUCUUUAUUCUAGCUCUCAGUUAGGUCAAGGCCACAGCUGAGGCAGGAGGAUCAUGAGUCUGAGUCCUCUCUGGGCAAGACCCUGUCUUAAGAAAUAAAAAAGGG